AUGGACUUUUUUGCUUCCGGGCAGCCGGUGCUGAACCCCCAGGCAGAGGCGGCAGCAGCUGGCGGGGAGCAACAACCGGCAGAGGUGUUUCUGGGGGCCCCCACAGGACGAGAGCGAGAUGGUUCUGAUGAUAAGGGAGUUGCUGGAGACACGUAUUUGACUCCAACCCGUUCCCUGCCAUUCUCCCUGUCUUUUUCCCCUUUUCCCCUCUCCUUGUUCCGCCCCCCCACCUCCGCCACUCCCGACGAGAGCGAGACGGUGCUGAUGACAUGGGAGCUGCUGAAAACGCGCGUUCAACCCGACGAGAGCGAAACCGUGCUGAUGAUAAGGGAGCUGCUGGAGACGCGCAUUCGACCGGCAGUGCAGGAGGACGGAGGGGACAUUGACUUUGUUGACUUUGACGAGUGA